UAGACAAGGCUUCCAUCUCUGAGCUCUCUGCGUAUAGCAUACACCACAAAUGUUUGGAAUACAGGCAACUGGCUGCUUGCAAAAAUAUUUAGUUUUUCUUCUAUGAGGUUUUUAUGAUGAGUUCUCAUCAGCGAUGAUAUUUUCCAAAAAAGUUAUUUUCUUGUAGAUGUGCUGGCGUGGGUGGGAAAAUAAGGGGGCAGAGGACGUGUUACUACAUCACCUCUGAUGCCUUUUUUCGUGGGUUUUACUUGGAAAGGUUUUAUUUUGAGGUCUUGAAUGCAUAAUAGGAAAAAACGUCAACCAAAGAAGAAAUAGUCCAGGGGUGUCCCGCGAUGCCCGCCCCCGCCUGGCUGACACAUGGAGGCAUGCACAGUAUUAAAUAUGACAUCCCCUUGAUUAUUCUACGUGUGCGGACUUAAAAUUCAGAUACUCUGCAAUGCUAUCUAUGGAAAGUACUUUCAAACUGCACAGUGAAUGCAGUGAGGAAACGAUGACAUAUCCAGAUAUUCACUACUAAUGCAAGCUCACCCUUUCGGCUAAAACGAGCAGAUGAUCUCACAUUUUAAGAAAAGCAAGAGGAGCUCACUCAUUUAUUGAUGUUUUAGACCAAGUACGGGACUUGAAUUUUUGUGAGGUGCAAGAAAACGAAGGAGUGUGGAGUGUUUCAUUGAUGUGUGCACCGUGUUGCCCAAGGCUGUCCGAUAUUUUUCUUAUUAGGAUUUUUCAGUGAACCGAAACAGAAGUCUUUGCAUUGCACACUGGAUGAUAAACAAUACCCUUAACUGAAUGGUUUUGACCUGUCACAGCUCUCUGUGGUGAAAGUACAACGCUGGAAUUCGAUUUACGUGUAAAGACCACUCCGGACUAUACGGUCCUGAAUCUAUUGGUUAUGUAAUAUACGUACUCAGAAGGAGUCUGUUUGUAAUAUUUCUGCAUAACGUUUGCUCCAAGGUUUUCAAAGAUGCCAGAACAAAGUAAUGACUACAGAGUAGUGGUGUUUGGUGCUGCAGGAGUAGGGAAAAGUUCACUAGUCCUUCGUUUUGUUAGGGGAACCUUCAGAGAGACCUAUAUCCCCACCAUAGAAGAUACCUACAGGCAAGUUAUCAGCUGUGAUAAAAAUAUUUGCACUCUUCACAUUACUGACACCACUGGGAGCCACCAAUUUCCUGCCAUGCAGAGACUGUCUAUUUCCAAGGGCCAUGCUUUUAUCUUGGUUUAUGCAGUUAAUAGUAAACAGUCUGUGGAAGAACUUCAACCAAUCUAUGAGCAGAUCUGCCAAAUCAAGGGUGAUGUGCAUUCUAUUCCAAUCAUGCUGGUUGGAAAUAAACGGGAUGAAACACAGAGAGAGGUCGACACAUGUGAAGGUGAGGCUUUGGCUAAUAAGUGGAGGUGCUCCUUUAUGGAAACAUCUGCAAAAAUGAAUUACAAUGUGCAGGAACUCUUCCAAGAACUGCUGAAUCUGGAAAAAAGAAGGGCAGUCAGCCUUCAGUUGGAUGGAAAGAAAUCAAAACAACAAAAGAGGAAGGAUAAACUGAAAGGAAAAUGCAUUCUAAUGUAAAUGAUCCUUUGCCCACUGGGCUUGUAAAGAUGCAUGGUGUAACCAGAGCAUGGAAAUCUUUCAUGGAACUCAUUUCAUGUGCAACACAAAAGCACUUGCUAAAAGAUCUUUAUAAAUAUUUACAAACAGCAACAUUUAAAGUGACAUAAUGCUUUAUUUUCUUUCACCUAAAUCAUUCAUUUGCUAAAAGCUUACCAGAAAGGUAUGAACCAUGCUGAAAAACAGUUAUGUAAUACCUUUUUACUGGACCAAUAUACAUAUUGUGCAUUCAUACGUAGGUCAGGUUUUGAGGCCCUACAGGUUCCUUUGUGCUGAUGUUGUGCCAAAAGUCAGGUUAAGUGCCAUGUGUUUCAUGAGACUGCCCAAUGAAAUUAUUUUUGCAAAUUUUCAAGGCAAGAUUCUACAUUGCUGUAGCCACCUUUGCAAAGCAAUUCAAAUGAACUGCAGUCAUAAUACUGCUUACAUGUUUUUCAGAAUUGUUUUUAAGUUUAUGCACUGUUACCACUGCAGAACCAACCAGGUCAGUUGUACAUUAUACGGCAGUUGCUUGCUUAUUUUUAGAGAAAUGAUUUUCUGCAGCAUACAGUUGGGCAAUUAAGUGAUUCUCCUCUCCUCACCUCUCCAGCGCUAAAAUGGACGUCUAUAAAAUGUAAUAGUUAGAUGUGCAAAACCCUAGGAACACCCUGCUGUCUUUAUUGUAUAUGUUACUGAGGACUGAAAUUAUUUUCAUGUCUGUCGUUGGUAUUGGAAGGGGGAGAUAUGUGCACAGCAAACAACACUGAUAUUUCUGUUACCAUAACAGAUACUAACACUGACUUCAGAUACCAUUGUCUCAGUACUGCAACAAAUGCUGCAUUUUGUGAAUCCAGAGAGAUGAUUCUGAAUCCUGAAUUAACAUUGUAGUGAUUCUUUUUUUAAUUUGAUUAAUAUAACCCUUUCCUAUAUAUUCAUGCACUUCUUUAAGAGAUACCAAAAUACUCUGCUCCAAACAACACACAAUUCACCAGCUAAGCAGCAAAACCACUUUUUAAAUUGUGUUAUUCUUUUCACACACAUGUAAGUGUGACAUUAAGCCAUACCUCUAAACCUACAGAUACUGAAAACAGGAACAAAGGCCCUUGAAAAUUAGAACCAUUCAGCUAAAAAUUGGAAUAUCUAGUUAGCAUAUAAUAUGAAUACCAAAUUGCUUAUAACUCUUACAGAUUCCAGUAGUAUAACAGAUACUACUCAGAAAUGUUUAAAAACCGAGAGGGACAAACAUGAUUGAAAAUAUAAGCACAUUAUCAAAAAAGGCAGUUUAAAGUCUAUGGAAUUUAAUUAAAUAUUUUGCAAAAUUCUGCCAAACAAGUUCAUUUAUUUUUGCUUCAGUAGAAAGAAGAAGUAAGGCCUAUGUCCUCUUUCUUUAAAUUAUUUUUAACACUGAUCUGUUAGUCAUAUGGUAUGGUUUUAAGUGUACUAGACAGUUUCAAACAUCACUCUAUUAGUGGGAUUCAGAAGCUAGUGUGAAGGGAUAAAUCUAGCCUGAAAAUAGGGAAAUACCUCCAAAAAUAGGGGCAUACUGUACUGUGCAGGGGUAAAUCAGGCCAGAAAAUAAAUUAAAUAGGUAAGAACAUUCCACCAAAAUAGGGACAGUGGACAGGUUUGCAGUAGGCAGACCCUGUCACCCCAAAAUGCUGGGGAUGUUCUCCUCUGUUUUGUUUUUGCCUUUAUGCAUAUCAGUGUGUAACAAGCAAGUGCUCAAGUGGUAGACAUGCACCAAGCACACACAGGUAGUAAGGUAUUCAAACAUUUUGAGAUCCAGCUAUUAUCUUCUUCAUACUAGAGUUACAUGACAACAAUUAUGUACUCAUAAGAUACAGUCCACUCAAGGUACUUUAUGUGCAUUUCCCAGGAAGACAUUAUCUAAGUGACAUGAAUAGAAACCAAAGCAUUUUUGAUGGCUUGGAAUUUAUUUCAAAAAUCAGGGUGUCACAGCUGUUCAGGGUGAUGCUGUUGCUAAAUAAUUAGGUUGUACAGACAUUUUCACAUUUUCCUCAAUACUAUGAUCUUAAUACCAUUGCUAUUUGCAUCAGCAAAAUGGGUUAGAAAAGCUAAUACCCUCAAUAAAAUCGAUUAGAAAAUAGGGCAAAUUGAGCUCUGCAAUGGUGAGUGCAGACAAGUCCUUGUGACAAAGACAUUAGGAUUUAAGUUCAUGGUUUGAUCACUUUAUCAUACUGCUCUGGCACAGGAAAUACAUACUGAGGAUUUAAAUCUGGCCUAUAGCUGUUGCUUCUGCUUUAUCAAAUCUAUAACAGUGAUUUACUGAUAAAAACUGUAUUAUGUACAUUUUUUUAUGUAUUUUAUUUAUAGAGCAUUGCUUGUGUCUUUUUGUUAGCAGUCUGAUUUCAUGCAGUCAUUAUUGCAGUUAUUACCAGAAAAAUACACAUUGUUUCUUACUGCAAUGCAUUGGUGGUGUUAAAUAUAAAACAGAAUAUUUUUUCCACAAAGAAUAAAUAUUAAUAUGGUA